AUGUCGGUCACAUCGCGAGAUGGUCGUCAAUCCGACCAGGAGAAGCCAAUAUCACUUUACGCUGCUCUAGCUCGUACUGGCACUCGUAGUCUGGCUCUCUAUUUCUCCAGGCCGGUCCGAUUGUUCAGACCGGCGAAAGUCAGUGGCUGGCAGUCACUCAAGGGUCUUGCAGUGCAUCAUGGUCAACCAUUGACCCCGCAAUAUGUGUCUUGGCUGAUCAAGAAGCAAGGGUUCAUCGUCAUCCUGAAACACUUCAUCCCCCCCAUUAUCGUCAACGGCAUCCUGGGCACAGUUCUAUGGUCCACCUAUUCCAAAACAUCUGACAUUCUGGAGCCUUAUCUAACAUCCCACCCAACUACCUUAGCCGCGAUCUCCGGUGCUUCUGCCGGUGGCGUGCAAGCCUUGGUUGCAGCCCCGGCAGAAAAUCUCCGAUUCGCGUUGGAAGGUAGUAGUUCGGCUACCGGUUGGUCAGAUGCUUGGAAAGAGGUGUUUCGAGGGACGCAACCCUCCCCAUCCAUGUCUGUACGCAGCGAGGCACGUGAAGCUCGUGAAGUCAGAAUCUGGAUGAAAGAAGUGGGAGAGAUGGCAGGCCGUGGUUGGGAUGGGUGGGGGUGGGGCUGUGCAAAGGACACUUGUGGUUUCGCUGUGUUCUUCGCUAUGUUCGACCUAACGCGUCGCAUUGCUCUCAGCUCGAAGAUCGUUUCCCAAGACUUUCUGGAGACUACACGGAUCAAAUUUCUUGCAAGGAGGUCGACUCGAACACACGCACCACGAGCGGUGCACGGGACGACGCUCGUCGCGGGCGGAGUCGUCGCGGGCUUGGCAUAUGAAGUGACCUGUCGACCCUGGGACGCUGCACGAAAAGCAGUGCAUGUUCACCGCACAGCUGCGACAGCCGAAAGUCGAACUGUGCAACAGAUUCUGAUGCAAAAAUGGCGCGACGAAGGCUUACUAUCAUAUUUUAGCAAUCCUACUCUAACGCACUAUGAUGCAUCGCUUCCGCCCUUUCGCCGAAGAUUGUACUCCGCCAUGCGGACAUUGGCUCGAGUAGGUCCAUGGGGUGUGGGAUUUCUAGCAUGGGAGGCAUUCGGACCUGGAAUUGCUUAG